AUGCCCUCGGGAAAUGCUAGAGAAUGGUUCCAGAGUCUGGUACCUAACUCUAUGGGCACCUUUGAAGAUUUGGCCCGUAUUUUCCUCACUCACUUCCUGGGAUCCAGAGAAAGGAAGAAGCCUUCCGGAUAUCUCCUAACGCUCCACCAGCAAGAGGGCGAGAGUUUGAAGGAGUUCAUGAUUCGGUUCAACACCGAAAAAUUAAAGGUAGAAGAUCGUACCGAUGGCGUAAUCUUUUCCACUAUUUACAACGGUAUCUCACCCGAGGAGCCGGUCGUAAGGAAAAUCGCGCAAAGGCAACUGAACAACCUCCAAGAGCUAUUAGAUGAGGUGGAGGAAUUUAUUAAGGAGGAAGAGACCUUGAGAGCAAUGAGACCUCCCGGGGCUCCACAAAAUCAGAACUCAGAUCAUUAUUGUGAGUUCCAUGAAGCUAAUGGACACUACACAGAAGGCUGCAUUGCUUUAAGGCACCUCAUCAAAAAGUUUAUCAGGAACGGCAAACUCGUUCGGUUCCUAGGAGAGAAAAGAAUAGCAGCCCAUCCCAGGGAAAACUAUGUCCGAGAAGUGAAUUACCAUCAAUCCCGAGAUCAUUGGCAACAAGAACAUUAUCGGAGUAGAAGUUUCGACCGUAGAAAUCGGGACAAAUAUCCACAGGAGAACAAAGCAAGACAGGAAGAGCCUAGAAAAGGACAUGCUCGCCUAACCCGCAAGCCUCAAAACCAAGCAAAUAUUCCAGAAAUCCACACCAUUAUCGACAGAUUUGCUGGAGGAGAUGCCCUGGUUGUCACACUGAUAGUGGCAAACCACAAUGUCCAUCGCUUCUUGGUGGAUGAUGGGAGCUCAGCAGACAUCUUGUAUUGGUCUACAUUUAAGAAGUUGAAUCUGGGACAGGAGAAAAUUGUCCCAACCAACUAUCCCUUGAUGGGAUACGCAGGGGAACAAGUGCAACCAGUCGGAUCAAUUGAACUACAAAUCACGGCUGGAUCGUAUCCAAGGCAGGUAAUGGUGAUGAUACGUUUUCUAUUGGUUGACCGACCACCAGCUUACAAAGCUAUCAUCGGAAGAACGGCUCUCAAUGAACUGAAAGCCAUCACAUCAACUCUGCAACUCAAGAUCAAGUUCCCAACGGAUCAUGGAGUAGGGGAAGUAAAGGACGAUUAG